AUGUCUCUAACAUCCACCAGCCACGUGGAAAAGGAUCCCAGCAACAACCUUUUGUUUUUCCAGACAUUUGCCAAAGACAAGGGAGCGCUGUCUCUUUUAAGUAAUCUGAUAGUGUGCAAGGACAAACCAGGAAAGUUCAUUCUAGUCGUACCAUCUCUUACCCUGCAGUGGAUAAACACCACUAUUGUCAACUGUGUGGAGCUGUUUUGCUCUGUGCAGAGUUUGAAAUCACAGCAGGUGAACUUCUCUUGGACUCGAGCAGGUCUUUACCUCCAUCAUACAUCCAGCAAUAUAAGCAGCACACUGACCCUCUGCAAGCCAAACUGGACAGAUGGAGAUACGAUCAAGUGCCAUGCUAAUUACUCAAAUAAAGUCAUAGUCACCAGCAUCUCACUUCCAUGCAACUUUGGGGGCUGUAAGAAAGGAGAAAAAACAACAAAAUUCAAGAAACAAUGGAUUAUCAUUGCAGUUAUCAGUACAUGUGCAGGGCUGCUUUUUCUUUGUGUUCUUGGUUUUGCCAUCUUCAAAUGUAAGAAACGGGCUGCUGCAAAUGGAUCUAUAGUCUACAGAAAUAAAAUCUACGAGAACUUCACGUUUUCCACUACUACAAUCAACCCAGUUUUAAAUCCACAAAAUGCUCAGCUUGGUGCCACAUCAAAUAAAAGAAGUACUACAGGAUCUUAUCCACAAACAAUCAGGCAGACUCAGAGAGAAGAAUGCAUCUAUGAGAACUAACAAUUACUAAACAACUGCCAUCAUAAAAUAAGAACCGGAUCCAGUGUUGGCCUCUGCAUUAUGUUGUAUUUAUGACUAGUCACUAGUUUAUCACUGGGGUCACGCUAUUAUAUUGUAUUUAAUAGAAGCAGACCUAGACUACUAGUGUCAUCUCUGUUCAGUGGUUUUGUAAAUAAAUGUAAAUAAAUGGCAAAUGCUGCACAACCUGGGUCCUUGCAAUUUUGUUGCAACAUUUUCAGGACAUAGCUCUUCACAGCAUUUGUGG